UAUUUUGUUCACCAAGUAAAUACAAGAUAUAACAUGUUCAACAUGAGGCAACAAGUCGUCGUUUUUUUUAUUUUCUGUGUUGGUGCGGGUUUAGGAGAGAAAGCUAAACUCUGCGAAAAAUCACAGAGUUUCAGUGAUGUUAGAAUUCCAUUUGACGAAACAUUUAGUCAAGGUGACUUUGAUUAUUAUGUUUCAGGGCCAAAUUUAAAAGGAGCUUAUGUCUUGCUGCCUAACCCGACACCGUUUCCUGUCAAUACAAAUUAUGACUGUACGAUCAACAAGAUCGAUAACUCCACCUAUCAGCAAGUAUGCCAUGGCUUCGACUCAAGCUGCACAACCUGCCUUGAAUAUAGCUUCCCAAUAACAUCUGAGAUUGACGGAAACAAAGUUAUAUUUACAUCAUUAGAAUCGAAUGGGAAUAAAGUAAAUAACUACUACUGGUCUUUUUGUCCAACUAAAUACCUUCUGAGACUACAAUGCCCAAGACACAGCCUUCAACAACACGAUAAAUGUGCACGGACUGGCGCCCGAAUAACCGUUUAUCUAGUGGGAGAUGUUAGUCGAAAUAAUGUCCCAUUGACAGACAUUUCCUUAGAUAUCUUCGCUAAAACUGGGGUCAAAUUUGGAGAAAUAGACGGCAUGAAUUGGUUUACAACAGAAAAUACUGGAACUCAAUGUGAUGUUUGUCAGAGACGAUGAAAGGAAAGAUAAGUCAAUGAAUGAUAGACGCCUACUUCUUAUAUAAUAAAAAAACUGAUAAAAACAUUAAAUACUUUUAGCAUCAAUAUUUGACUUGUCAUUUUAUAUUUUACCCCCU